AUUUUUAGGCUGCAGCAGUUGCGAAAGUAGUGUAACUGGUGACGGUUUUAUCACACUAUUUAGACCCCAAUACUGUACAAGUCGACGUCCUUUGUCAACCUGUUCCUCAUGUUGUCGUAGUAUGUAUACAUACUCGAGUCAUCAAGUGUACCAGCGCCCGACAUGACACACGCCCCGCCCUCACUUUACCGCCAAGUACGGCGUUUCGCUCGGGCAUCGUGGGCGAUGUGCCACCAGCCACCCCGUAUCGCAUGUAGCCUUGUGUGUAUAGCUUCAUGGAGCGCCAUCCUUGUCGUCCUUCCAACACGCCAUGCUACCCUCGCCACGACGUGGCAUCGCAAUGCGACCUUUCAGAAGAUGAUUGCUCUGUACCGUAAUAUAGACCGCACGGUGACCUACUUUAACGCAAGACUGGCUCCACCAAUGAAAUCACAGGACAUGGCUCUGUCGUCGGCCACAUUCGAAUUUGGCGGCGAUGGUGGACGUGGACAACAUGCAGGCGGCGCUGGAGCGAGAGAUGGAGAUCAUCCAGCACAAGCUCGAUAUCUCGUCUCUCCUAUACGACGACAACCGCGAGGGCAGUGACGCAGACGAGGACCUUCUUGCGGAUGUUGGGUUCAUGUACGACGACUGCCUCGAGAAGGUCACGUGCGAGUUCACGUACGGCGUCACGUCGGACACCGACCCGACUCCGCGCGUGAGUGUGUUCCUCAGUUACGUGCAGGACGACCCUGGUUUCGUUCAAUCGGGCCACUACGUGUGGCCUGCCGCCCCCGCCUUGUGCGAGUACAUGGUUGCGCAUUUCAAGGAACUUCCUCGCGGCAAUAUCGUCGAGCUUGGUGCCGGUUGUGGCCUUGCCGGUCUUGUGUUUGCGCAGCUGGACCCGUCCUCGACCAUCAUCUUCACAGACCAUGACCCGGGCGUCCUCAAGACGAUCGAGCACAACGUGACGAAGCAAUCCCAUCGACCUAAGCAGGCCCGAUGCCACACCCAGAGCCUUCGGUGGGGUCCCCAAGGCGCGAAUGAGGUCGACUCCAUCGAUGCGCUGCAAGGAGGCACGAAAACAGACUUGAUUGUCGGCACAGAUGUGAUUUAUGCGCGGGAAAUCGUGGCGCUGUUGUUCUGGACCGUAGACCGCCUGCUCACGUCGUCCAGCGAAGGCCAGUUCCUCAUGUGCUCGAGCUUCUCAUACGACGAAGACACGGAGAAGGAGAUCGACGCCGCGUGCAGCAAGUACGGCUUGGUGCGCACCAUCGUUACCGACACGCUGGGCACCAAGGGCACCCGAAUCCAGUUGUUCGUUCGUCGAGACCACGAGGAGUAAACGAUGUCAACGAAUGCAUAUAUUUUAUUCUAUCUCUCGGACGCAAACGCAUACAAUUUGUGCUUUUGCAUGUACGCCAAGACGGGUGGGAGCACGAGUGCGGCGGCGGCGUCGCGGGACUGCCGCGCUUUGGUCGAAGACGAGUCAUCCAACGACGGCACGGACGAAAUCGUCACGGACGGAUGGGACGAAGUGUCCAAGACGACACCGUCCCGAGGGAGCACGACAAGAUGAACCAUGUCCAACAGGGCCAAACCGCCUUUCCACUUGCCUUGUACGAGGUCCAUGUACGUGUCUGCACCGAGGAGCCACGAGAACUGCACGUCCGGGUUGGCCGCUUGGAGGUUGGCGAUAAUGUCGACGGUACCAAUGCGAAUGGAAGAUGGUUCUGCAUCGGGCGGAAGGGACGUCAAUGCUUGCAUCCACACAUCUUUCUCCGUCUCGACGAUGCGCACGCGAUCGCCGUGGGGAAUGGCCUGACGCGCCAAUUCCAACAUCGCCACGCGAUGCUCAAAGGAUUCCAGGUGCCGCUUGCUGGAGUAGAUGUGUUGGUAGACAGGAAGUACCCAAACUUCAUCAUAUUCCUGCGCAAAAUGCUCGAUGCAGCCCAUGUGUCCGCCCAUGCCGCACGGCGGGUUGGCCGACGUCCCAAACACGAGGACUCGCCGCAUG